AUGAAGUUUUCCCGUGUGGCGAUACCUGGCGUCAGGCACGCGAUAACGCUCUGCAGCGCCAAGGGAGGCGUGGGCAAAUCCACCUGCUCCGUCAACGUGGCGCUGGCGCUAAAAAACAUGGGCCACAGCGUCGGCAUCGUGGACGCCGACAUCACCGGCCCCUCCAUCCCCACAAUGAUGGGCGUUGAUGCCUCGCAGGUGGAGACGUACCGCGUGGCCGGCAGUGACCGCUUCGCGCCCCCCACGAACUUCGGCGUGAAGGUCAUGAGCAUGGGGCUCGUUGUGCCAUACGACGAGGCCAUCGCGGUGCGGGGUCCGAUGGUCAACAAGUACAUUCGCGCGCUGCUCUUCCAAACCGACUGGGACGAGUUGGACUACCUCGUCAUCGACAUGCCGCCGGGGACCAACGACGUGCACUUGACCCUCACGCAGGAGGUUGUGCUGACGGGCGCGGUUAUCCUCUCCACGCCGCAGCGCGUGGCGCUGGUAGACGUACGACGCGGCAUUGAUAUGUUCGCCGCCGUCAACACGCCCAUUUUAGGCAUUGUAGAAAACAUGAGUUACUUCACAUGCGACCAGUGCGGCAAGAAACACCACUUGUUUGGAGCAGGCGGGGUGCGGGCCACCGCGGAGGAGCUUGGGGUGCCCUUCCUCGGGGAAAUCCCCUUUGUGCAGCGCAUCAUGCACGACACAGACACCGGCUACCCACCCGCGCUGCGCGGCGACGACACGAUGGAGGCGGCACAGCCUUUUUACAUCCUAGCAGCCCGCAUAAACGAGGCUGUGGAGGCACUGCAAAAAAAAGGAACCGUCAGCGGCAACAGCGCUGGGCCCUCCAUUCACUUUGACAGUUAG